GGGGCCCCUCCCUGUUUGCAGUGUGUGUAUGGGGUGUCAACAUGAAUUACAUGCCGGGUACCGCCAGCUUGAUUGAGGAUAUUGACAAGAAGCACCUGGUGCUACUGCGCGAUGGACGAACCCUGGUCGGAUUCCUGCGAAGUGUUGAUCAGUUUGCUAAUUUGGUGCUCCACCAGACACUGGAGCGGAUUCACGUGGGCAAGAAGUAUGGAGACAUCCCUCGUGGAAUCUUCAUCGUGAGAGGAGAGAAUGUUGUCCUGCUGGGAGAGAUCGAUCUGAAGAAGGAGCGAGAGUCCCCCCUGCAGCAGGUGAGCAUAGAGAAAAUUCUGGCGGAUCUGCGGAAGGAGCAGGAGGUGAAGAGCAGGACAGAGAAGCUGAAGAUUCAAGUUUUCAAGGAGCGUGGCCUGAUACUUCCCUAUCCUGACACUUUGGAUGAAUAUUAGAGAAGAUGGUUUGGAAAUGAGCACGGAAUCUGAAACUUCAAACCCUGAGUAUAUUGCUCUGUAAUUCUCCCUGUUCCUAGGACCUGUUAAUAUUGAAUCUUGGAGAUUUUGCUUUUUUGUCUUUCCAUUUACAACAUUACUCCAUGUUGGCGCUGUUGGGUGAAUAUAGGGGGAAUGAAUGGAAAGAUAAAAUCCUCACUGAUACACAUCUCAAACUUUAAACCUUCUCUGCUUUACACUGGGUAAUCUCAUCAUUGGCCACCUUACAGAGUUCAAUUUAGAACUUGAUCUGGGACCUCCUGCAGGCUCUCCUGAAGAAAGGACAAAACUUGGGUUAAUUGGUCACCAUAAAUUGUUGAGUCCAAUUAUCUAUCCCUACUGUUGAUUGGACGACUGUGCCCUCUUGUAAUCUCUCCCUGCUGUUGAUUGGAUGGCUGUGGCCACUUGUAAUCGCUCUCCAUUGUCUGAAUGGCUGUGCCCAGUUAUAAUGUCUCCAAAUCAGUCCAAGAAGAUUGAGUAGAUCUCCGGCUUAAAUUGCUAUAAUCUAUGGCUGAGAGAUUCUCACUGUAUUGUAAGAGGGGGAGCUCCAGGAUUUCAACAGCGAAGCGGGACUGUUCUGCUGCCAUGAUAAUAUCAGUUGUUGCCAUGUGGUUCAGCCAGUUGUCUCUGUAGUUAAAGGGGUUUUCCCAUGUUCAUUUGAUUUCUCACAGAAAUACAACCACAACUGUUCACAGUUGUGGCAGCACAAAGGUCAGAAUGUGACUGUGACGGUGGAUUAGAGCAACUGGUUCUUCUUUAGCAAGUCCAAUACAAGAAUGUGUUUACACAUCAUAUCAUGGGUACCUUAAUCGACCAGUUUAAAGUUGGGUUGAAAUUAAGUUUGAAUUCUGUGUUGUCCAGACACUGGAGCAUUCUACAUAUCAAGACUGGUUGGCUAUUGUUGUAGCUUCCCAGCACUCCCCCUCAACUUCCCUAGAAAGGACCAGUAAGGUCAAUUGAUUUCAAAGCAAUGUCAAUUCCCAUGGAAGGCAGGGGUGAGUCUUCCUGAGGUAUCCCAAUCUUGAGGGUUUAUGUCCUCCUACGAUUGUACUCAGGGAAAGUCAAGAGAAACAGUGCAAUUGGAAAGACUGGGUACCUGCAUUUGUUGGAUUGACAGGUCCGAGUUUUGUUUUCUCAUGUGCAGGACGAAAGCAGUAAUGAUCCUCACUUUGUGCAGAGAGGUUCCAGCAGACUGCAGAUCCGCUCAUAAUUUUUAAUUUAAAUUUAGAUGGAAUCAGGGGCUUGAUUUUGCUGUCAUGAGAAAUUUGAUGUUAUCUGCUUUUGACGGUGAGUCACACAUAAAGUGUUUAUCCUCA